AAGAAACCGCUAUGUGUCAGAAAAACACAUUCUGACCUCAGUGUACACUGAUGUAGCGGAUUUGUACACACGACCACAGCCGGUAAAAAGCCGUUUGUUAUCGGGCUUUGGAGCCUUUCAUCCCUGACACACACACAAAGAUCAUGCCCACGCGGUGGUAAAUAACCACGCGCUGCUUUUAGCUGCCUCCUCAGCCGGCUGAAGGAGGGACAGGACGGACAGUCGUAGAUGGAGUGGCCGGGCAAGCUGCUGCUGCUCUCCGAGCUCCAGGUCAGAAACGCCGCGUACGAUGUGAGCCUGAGCCGGUUCCAUCUCACCUGGAAGAGACGGAUUUCCAGUCCCGUGUACCACCCGUUUAGACCCAGUUUGUAUCACAAUGUGCUGGUGUCCGAGAUCAUCUCUGUCAGAGAGGAAGAGGAGGGUCCAAGCAAGGGAGAAGGAAAGGUGUGCAGGCACGCCUUCACAGUGUUGUAUGUGGAGAGAUGUCGGCAGCACCGCUGGCAGCUUGCAGAGGUCACCUUCAUGUGUCCAGAGGGGGCGCUGUGUCAACACUGGGUCAGCAGCAUCAGAGAGCAGCUCAACACUAUCACCAGCAGACCCAAACAUCUGCUCGUCUACAUCAACCCAUAUGGCGGGAAGCGGCAAGGCAAGCGUAUCUACGAGCAGAAGGUUGCCCCACUGUUUGAUAAGGCUGGCAUCUCCACGGAUGUCAUUGUAACGCAGUAUGCCAAUCAUGCGAGGGAUCACUUGAGGACGGAAGCAGAGCUGAGAAAGUUUGACGGUGUGGUGUGUGUCGGGGGUGAUGGCAUGUUCAGUGAGGUCAUCCACGGGCUGAUCUGGAGGACUCAGAUUGAUGGUGGCAUCGAUCCCAACGGUCCGGAUCAAAUUCUCCGUCCCUGUCUUCUUCGCAUCGGAAUCAUUCCUGCAGGUUCUACAGACUGUGUUUGCUUUGCCACGGUGGGCACCAAGGACCCCGUGACCUCUGCCCUGCACAUCAUAGUGGGGGACUCGCAGCCAAUGGACGUGAGUUCAGUUCACCACAACGACACCUUCCUGCGUUAUUCAGUGUCUCUUCUGGGAUAUGGUUUCUAUGGUGAUGUGCUAACUGACAGUGAGAGGAAGAGAUGGAUGGGUCCAUCCAGAUACGACGUGUCCGGUGUGAAAAUGUUCCUGGCGCAUCGUUCUUAUGAAGGAACGGUGUCUUACUUACCAGCCAGAGACGUCAAAGGAACACCAAGGGACGUCACCAGGUGUCUCUCAGGCUGUGUGGUUUGUCAGUACAAUGGGAAGCUGCUUUCAGAGCAGUCGGCCCGGUGUAAGAUGGAUGAAGCGUCACAGAGUGGGGUUGAUGGUGAAUGGAGGACGAUCCAUGGGAAGUUCUUGGCUGUAAACGCUGCCAGUAUGAGCUGCGCUUGUCCUCGCAGUCCGAAAGGCCUCUCCCCUGCUGCUCAUUUGGCCGACGGCACCACAGACCUCAUCCUGGUCCGGAAAUGUUCCCGCUUCAGUUUUCUCCGACACCUGCUGCGACACACCAGCAAAGACGACCAGUUUGACCUGACUUUCGUUGAAGUGCACCGGGUGAGACGUUUCCGCUUCAUGCCACGUCACCGCCAGAGCGACUCUGACCUUCAGCUGCAAGAAACGGGCAAACGCCAGACCCUCAGCCAGAUCUGCCGGGAAGCGCCCGCUUGUGGCUGCGCUCCUGCCUACAGCAGCUGGAACUGCGACGGCGAGAUCCUGAGCCACACAGCCAUCGAUGUCAGAGUUCACUGCCAGUUAAUCAAGCUGUUUGCACGAGGGAUCGAGGAACUCGCAGUGUUUGAGGAUCACAACAACCCCUGUACACUAUAAACAUUAUUUAUAGCGUGAGCCCUGUGUGUGCGUGGGUUCUCUGUGUGGGUUCUCUCCAGGUUCUCCUGCUUCCUCCCACAGUCCAAACACAUGCAUUAUGGGUUUGUUGUCGUUUUAGUUGAGUUUAUUUUUGUUUCAAUUAACCCUGAAGAGAUUUGAGUAGCAGCUAUUUCUAUGAAAUCAACAAGAACAUUGUUUGGUGACUGCUUUGCUGUGAUAUUGAACUGAGCUCUGUUGAGUUUGACAGUCUUUAGAAUCCUGAGAUCAUUGAUGGAUCUCAGAUGUUAAAGCUGGAUUCUGUAGAAUGGUCAGAUUUUAACUCCUCCUCUUCUUUCUUUUUUUUUGCUUUCCUUUUAGCCCAGACUUGUUUUGAGUAAUGCUGGUUUAUUAUAGUUUAUUAUAGUGAGCAGAUAUGCUUACAAAUCUGGUCUCAGUCUCACGUGUCUGAUAGAGAUCACAUCAAAGACGACAUCUUCAUUAUUAUCAAUAGUACCAUCUCAAUAUAUUUGAUUUGUUUUUCCUCAUUUUCAUCACAGCUUGACAAAUGCUUUCGUAGACAUUCAUAUGAAGUCAGCCCCUGUUUAUAUUUGAAAUUUAAGCUCAUUUCACUGAUGAAUUACGGGUCAUGUCGGAGGUUACCAGCUGUCCCGUCCCGUAUUAGAAUUAAAAAAAGAAAUGCUCCGUUCGGGAGGAAGUCGUGCUACAAUGCUACAACCGCAGCUCUGUUUUGUUUUUUGGUUUUUGUGACGAUCAGGUCCAGAAUGAGAUGUUUUAUGUAUAUGAGAAGCCCAAUCAUCCAAAUCCAGCAUCUAGCUUACAAAUAUUCAAUUUGCAGUGGAGAUUGUGACACAGGAACAAAAGUUUGUCAUAUGAUUACGUGCUGGUUCACUGAGGUGUGAUGUUCAUGUAGUGAAGCUAUUCUGCGUCUAAGUGUGUCUUCAGGAGUGCAGUGCUUUGGUGGUGCACUAUAUAGUUCUGGGCUAUAAUAACGUUAAUCUGGCACCACGUGUUUAUGUCAUAGCAGAUAUUAUUUUGCCUGUGUGUGUGUGUGUGUGUGUGUGAGAAGUGAUUUAUGCUGCGGUCCAAAAGGACAUUGGAAUGCUCAGUUUUGUUGUGGACAUUGUCCUGAGAUCUCCGCAGGAUCGCGGUGAGGAGGCGGAGUGUAGCUUGGGUUGUAACAUUGUGGCUUUGACUCGUCUGAACUGAUCUACACUGCAAACCUUUGACUCCGUUUAUUUUCACUUUUUAAUUGUUUAAUUUUUAUUCUGGAGUAAAAGAAAAAUCCAGUCUCUCACGCCGGCUGGAGUCGUGUUGAUGUUUGCACUGGUUUUCAGGAAGAUCCACGCUCAAUUGUAGCUAUAAUUCCUUUUUUUUGUUUUUUUUACAUAUUUAAAAAAUAUGUCAAGAUCUCAAAAUGUAACUAUUUGCAAUAGAGUUUGUGUGAAUCUUUGAUUUCUGCAAACACAAAAGCAAGCACAGGAAAUCAUCAUAAUGUAACAUUUGAUUGUAGUGUGUUAUUGAUUUUACAUUUGGUGAAUGUUAGUUGUGCUGAAAAGUGAAGUUUCAUUCAAUUGCUCACAAACUCUGAGAGGUUUGUAGCCUGUUGUUUACCUCGUUCAUUAAUAAAAUUCCCGUGUAGCAGCA